AUGGAUUAUAAUACUGCACACUCAAAAUUCACCAGGACAUACUAUGGUCCAUGUGCGGUACCCAUACACCACGGUGGACGAAAACGCUCAAGGAGCAAUAGUCUAAACUCAGUUGAGCAACCACAGAAAAAUAUGAAAAUAUAUAAUCCUUCUGCUCGACUACGCUUAUCUCCGGGGCAUGCACCUCUGUCAUCGCUCCAUGAAAUAAGUGAACAAAAUAGGGGAGAACCACUUAGAGAGCUGAAUACUAAAACCCAGGCAAUGAGUGUGCAAGAGGAUGUUGAGCUCAUGGAAUGCGAUAUAUCACCUAAUGAUAAUUUGGACGAUAAUACGGCAAAACCAGAACCUUUAUGUGUUCGGACAUGUUCACCUCCAUCCAAAUAUCAUCGAAACAGACAUAUACAGCUACCAUAUACAAUGGGCUAUCGUGACGAUUGUGAAAAGUGCCGACAGAGAGUACCCGGUCAUUAUUCACAUGUAAUAACUAAUAAAUAG